CACUUGUCAACACAACAGCGACAUCCUAGAAUUGUGUGCUACAUUCACUCUUGAUAUGGAUUUUAAUGAAUACAGGAAAAGGGGUAAGGAGAUGGUCGACUACAUCGCAGAUUACCUGGAGCACAUCAGAGAGAGGCGAGUGUACCCGGCUGUAGCGCCCGGCUACUUGCGGCAACUCAUACCGGAGAGCGCUCCCCUUGAACCGGAGUCCUGGGAUGACAUCAUUGCAGACGUCGAGCGAGUAGUCAUGCCUGGGGUGACCCACUGGCAGAGCCCGCAUAUGCACGCCUACUUUCCCGCACUCAACUCGUUCCCGUCUCUUCUGGGAGACAUGCUGGCUGAUGCCAUUAACUGUCUGGGGUUCACUUGGGCGUCCAGCCCGGCGUGCACUGAACUGGAAACUGUGGUGAUGAACUGGCUAGGAAAAAUGAUCGGUCUGCCUGAGGAGUUCCUCCACACUCGGGUGAGCAGCACAGGGGGAGGCGUCAUACAGACCACCGCGAGUGAGGCAACGUUCGUUUGUUUGUUGGCGGGCCGGACAGAGGCCAUCAGGCGGUACCGUGAGCAGGACGAAGACCUGGAGGACGCGGAGAUCAACAGCAGACUUGUGGCCUACUGUUCCGACCAGGCCCAUUCAUCCGUAGAGAAGGCGGGUCUCAUAGGACUUGUUAAGAUGCGUUAUAUCGAGAGCGACCAAGACUUGACUCUACGUGGCGAUCGGCUGCUCGACGCCAUCUCCAGAGACAAGGACAAGGGACUCAUACCCUUCUUUCUGUGUGCAACACUGGGGACGACUGGGGCGUGCUCUUUUGACAAUCUACAGGAGCUGGGACCGAUAUGUAAAGCAGAGAACAUGUGGUUGCAUGUGGACGCCGCUUACGCGGGAACUGCGUUCAUCUGUCCGGAGUUCCGACAUUGGUUGAACGGCAUACACCACGUGGAUUCGAUUGCCUUCAACCCUUCCAAGUGGAUGAUGGUGCAUUUCGAUUGUACUGCAAUGUGGGUGAAAAACAGUGGGGCACUGCAUCGAACCUUCAACGUGGAGCCACUGUACCUUCAGCACGAAAAUUCAGGUCUAGCAAUUGACUACAUGCACUGGCAGAUCCCACUGAGCAAGCGGUUCAGGGCUCUCAAAUUGUGGUUCGUCAUCAGAAAUUUUGGCGUCAAAGGACUACAGAAACAUAUUCGAGAGGGUGUUCGAUUAGCUCAGAAGUUCGAGGCGCUUGUGCUAGCGGACCAGAGGUUCGAGAUCCCAGCGCCACGUCACCUGGGCAUGGUGGUUUUCCGUCUGCGCGGAGAGAACCACCUGACUGAACGCCUGCUGAAGCGCUUAAACGCGCGUGGCAAUCUGCAUUGUGUUCCCGCCGCUCUGAAGGGUCGUUAUGUGAUCAGAUUCACCGUCACUUCGCAGCGCACAACCGGGGACGACAUCACUCGCGACUGGGCCGAGAUCCGUGCCGUGGCGGCCGAGGUACUGGGCGAGGAGAAGCAGCCAAUUACGACAGCGCGCGCCAGAGUACCCCUGGCAGAGAUCCGAGAGCGAAAUGCAAACUUUGGGUCCAGUCUUCUUCUAGCCAAUUCACCAAUGUCGCCAAAAAUUGUCAACGGAAGUUUCGCUGCCAUCUUCGAUAACGGAGACAAAAUCCUUGAAGGUUUCGCUCAGACGUUUUCUAGGCUUCGUCUCGAAGUAAAAGACAGUCCAGCCAUGCGCAGGCGCAUACGAGGCAUCCUAAUGACAGGCAAGCAAUUUUCGCUUGACUCACGCAUGGAUCUGGUGCAAGGAAUUAUGUCACAUGGAGGGGUUCGACCCACGUCCGAACCGUCCACCGCACUGCCGCUCAUGAAGGAGGACUCCGUGGAAGGGGUCGAGUCAGAUAUGCAGUCUGAAUGCGAAGUGACGUCAGAACCGGUGGCUCCAGCCGCACGAAUCAGGUCGCUUUCUGUGGAUGAACCGAGGGAAGCCAGCGGAAACGACGUAAGCACUAAGAGUCAGCUGAGCAACUGUAAGGAUUCAGCUCUGGCCCUCUCUCAGCAGCGCACCGGCCCUGCAAGGUUCUGCCGAAAAUGUGGUCAUGUAAUCGCAACUUCCCAGUAAUUCAAGCCUCUCUAGAAUUAGAUGUGUCCGCACAAUGUUGCCAUCAAAGUAAUGAUUCCAGCCGGCGAGCCCAUUAUGUUUUCUUCUGUGGCUUAUUUCACGACGCCAGCAGUACCUAGCUUAUGGCGUCGAAUGAUAGGGACACGGAUGAGUGAUGAAUUAGAAGGAAUUUGGUAGGAAACUGCCGUGACCUAAUCGAGGAACCACCCCGAUAUUUCUUCUGUGGGACGGAGGGAAACCAGUCAGGGUAGCUUGUGUGCCCGGCCAAGAUUCGAACCGAGUACUUCACUAAUUGGGUCUAGAGAGUUACCACUAUCCCAACCUUAUCGCUAGUCUGUCAUUGUUACUGAUAGCGCAGCAUGGUACGAAAUCGUGGUACUCCAGGAGGAGUACGGUUUUCUGAGUUGUAAAGGUAAAGUGAAUUUACUCCUGUACUUAAUUACACAGGGGCACGGUAGCGUAGUUGG